AUGGCGACAGCGACGGACGCGAAAAAGGCGGUGAUCGCGGCGGCGAUCCGCGUCAUCCCUGACUUCCCUAAGAAGGGGAUCAUGUUCCAGGACGUCAGCACGCUGCUGCUGGACCCGGCGGCAUUCCAGGCGUCGAUUGAUCUCUUUGUGGAGCAGUACAGGCCCAAGGACAUUCAGGUCAUCGCAGGCUUUGAGGCGCGGGGCUUCAUAUUCGGGCCUCCGGUGGCGCUGGCGCUGGGGGUGCCGUUUGUGAUGCUGAGGAAGCCCGGGAAGCUGCCAGGGGAGACUGUGGGUGAGGAGUACAUCACAGAGUACAGCACAGACAAGAUAGAGAUCCAUACGGGCGCGAUCAAGCCUGGCCAGCGCGUGCUGCUGAUUGACGACCUGGUGGCCACCGGCGGCACUCUCCUAGCAGGCGCCAACCUCGUCCGCAAGGUGGGCGGCGUGGUGGUGGAGGCGGCCGCCGUCAUUGAGCUGCCAGACCUGAAGGGGCGGCAAAAGCUGGGGGACCUGCCGCUGUUCACGCUCAUCGACGUGGAGGGCGAGUGA